AUGCAACAGAGGAAAGCCAGAAACGGGGGCUGGGACUUCCACCUCCCAGCCCAGCAGUGGAUGCUGGAGAAGACGGAGCAAACGGGGUUUGCAACAGGGAAAAGCCACACGCCCUGCGCGGAGCUGGUGGCACCGUCCCCGCAGCUCAAAACCGAGGUGCUGUCGCAGCAGUGGGUGGUGGGGAUGAGCCUGCUGAUGGCCCUGGUGGUGCUGCUGAUCGUGGCCGGUAACGUGCUGGUGAUCGCGGCCAUCGGGCUGACGCAGAGGCUGCAGACCCUCACCAACAUGUUCAUCACCUCGCUGGCCUGCGCCGACCUGGUGAUGGGGCUGCUGGUGGUGCCUUUCGGGGCCACGCUGGUGGUGCGGGGCACCUGGCUCUGGGGAUCCUUCCUCUGCGAGUGCUGGACCUCCUUGGAUGUGCUCUGCGUGACGGCCAGCAUCGAGACCUUGUGCGUCAUCGCCAUCGACCGCUACCUGGCCAUCACCUCGCCUUUCCGCUACCAGAGCCUCAUGACCAGGGCUCGGGCCAAGGGGAUCAUCUGCACCGUCUGGGCCAUCUCGGCUUUGGUCUCCUUCUUGCCCAUCAUGAUGCACUGGUGGCGGGACGAGGACCCGGAGGCACUGCAGUGCUACCAGGACCCCGGCUGCUGCGACUUUGUCACCAACAGGGCUUAUGCCAUCGCCUCGUCCAUAAUUUCUUUCUACAUCCCUCUCCUCAUCAUGAUCUUUGUGUACCUCCGGGUGUACAGGGAGGCCAGGGAGCAGAUCAGGAAGAUCGACAGGUGCGAGGGCCGGUUCUAUAACGCCCACACGGAGCCACAGCCACCCCAGCCCCUUCACCUCCAUCACCAGCUCGUGGUCGGCAACGGCCGAGCCAACAAGCGGAAAACCUCCCACACCAUGGCCAUGAAGGAGCAGAAAGCCCUCAAGACUUUGGGAAUCAUCAUGGGGGUGUUCACGCUCUGCUGGCUCCCUUUCUUCCUGGUGAACAUUGUCAACGUCUUCAACAGGGACCUGGUGCCGGACGGGCUCUUCGUUUUCUUCAACUGGCUGGGCUACGCCAACUCUGCUUUCAACCCCAUCAUCUACUGCCGCAGCCCCGACUUUCGGAAGGCCUACAAGAGGCUGCUGUGCUGCCCCUGGCAAGCCGACCGACGGCUGCGCGCCAGCGGGGGGGGCCUGGCAACAACAAAAAUUUGCUGCACAUUUUUGAAAAAUGGCGACAAAGCUGUUUUGGGUUUUUUUUGCACAGUGUUAAGAGUUGUAAAGUUAUUUGAAGAUGUUACUUGCACAAACGUACACCCUUGCCAAUCAAAAAUGAAAUGGAAGUUUGAGUAA